GUGUGUUUUUGAUCCUUUCAAGUAACUAGUGAACUCAAGUCUCCAAGCCAAGGCCACGAGUGAAUACCUGUCGCCAUCCGGCUCAAGCUGGAGCUGCCAGUUUUCUGGCAGGUGAAGAAUGAAGUUUUGGCCCUUGCUCCUCUUGGCUCAACUCCGCAAUGGGCAAGCCAACGAGGCGACGCCCGUGCAGAAAGUGCUCGAGCUCCUGGGCAAGAUGAAGGAAAAGGGCCAAGAGGAGAAGCAGAAGGAGGCUCUGCAGUUUGCAGCUUUUGAGCAAUUCUGCAAGGGCACGAGCGAAGAGAAGACGAAGGUCAUCGAGGCCUCCACGGGACAACUGGAGAUCCUCAAGGCAGAUCUGGGGAAACUCGCCACAGACAUCGCGGAUCUUGAAGCCGCGCUCCCGGAUUUGACUGCUGACAUCGAAAAGUGGGAGGGCGAAAAGAAGAAGGCUACGGAGGCACGACAGAAGCAGCACUCCGCAUACACGGAGGCACAUGCUGAGUCUCUGAAGGCUAUCAAGAGCGUGGGCAAGGCGUACAAGUCUCUGAAGGAUCAGAACUACGACCGCGAGGCCAAGUCCUUCCUACAGCUUUCCGGCUUGGACGACCCUAGCAGCUCAGAGCUGGACGCGUUCACCUCGUCUUCGCAGGCGCGGGCGGCCAUCGAAGCCUUCCUGGCUGAGAGUGCGGAAGUGAAGCCGAAGGCUGCGGGCUACGAAUUCCAAUCUGGAAAGAUUCUGGAGCUGUUGCAAAACCUGCAAACCAAGUUCAAGACUGAGCGCGAAACCAUUGAGAAGACGGAGGUGGACCAGCGGCACUCUUACGAGAUGCUGCUGCAGGACUGGAAGUCGCAAAUCUCAGGCGCGCAGAAGACGAGGGAGGACAAGCUCGCUGCCAAGCAGCGCAAGGACCAGGUCAAGGCGGAGAAGGAAGCAGCACUGCUGGAGACGACCAAGCUGAAUGAGGAUGACAAGAAGUACCUGAAAGACUUGCAAGACACCUGCAUGCAGAAGGCCUCUGACUUCAAAGAGCGACAGCGCUUGCGCGGUGAGGAGCUCGCUGCGAUCGACAAAGCCACGGAGGCGAUUCAGGGGACCGUCUUGAAGGCGGCGCGCCCUUCCAAGGGGACAUCUUUGGCAGCCCUCCGGUCGGACACUUUUGGUGUGAAGAGGGAGCGAGCCAUCUCCAUGCUGCGAGAGCGGGCAGAGGAGUUGGAGAGCAACAUGCUCUCUUCUCUAGCGUUGAGAGUGGAGGGGAACGGCUUGACCAAGAUCCGAGGGAUGAUCUCGGACUUGAUCACUCGGCUGCAGGAGGAAGCAGCAGCAGACACGGAGAAGGAAGGCUGGUGCAAGAAGGAGCUUGCCAGUAAUGAACAGACCAGGACUAAGAAGCAGCAACAGAUGGAGACCCUGCAGACUGAGUUCGAUCAGCUGCAAGUUGAUAUCACGGAGUUGGGGGACUCCAUUGAUGCCUUGUCAAAGGACGUUACAAAGCUCAAUGCAGACCGCUCCACUGCUACGAAGCUCAGAGACGAUGAGAAGGCCGAGAACCUUGCAACUGUCAAGGAUGCGCAAGAUGCCCAGAAGGCCAUCGCGCAGGCUGUCGCCGCACUCGACAGCUUCUACUCCAGUACGAAAGCCAAGGCCAGCUUGGUCCAGGUGCAAUCAGUAGAUGCGCCAGAUAUUUUUGAGGACGCUUCGUACACCGGCAUGGAGAGCGGCGGAGUCACCGCUCUGCUGGAGGUCUUGCAGGCGGACUUCUCCCGAAUGGAGACCGACACGGAAGCGGCCGAGGCGCAGAGUUUGGGCGAGUACACCAAGUUCAUGUCCGAUUCAGCCGUGGACAAGGCCGCCAAGGAGAAGGAGGUGGAACUGAAGACGGCCUCAAAGAGCGAGAAAGCCAAUGCUCUGGCUAGCAAGAAGAUUGAUUUGAAGGAUGCCGAAAAGGCGUUGUCUGCUGCCGCUGAGUACUACGAGGAGUUAAAGCCGCAGUGCCUGGCGCCGGCGAUGACCAAGGAGGAGAAGAUGGAAAAACGGAAGCAGGAGAUCCAGUCCUUGAAAGACGUCUUAGACGCACUUCAGGGCACAGUGAGUUGAGCCGACGGAGCUCUGUCAGAGAGCUGUACAAAGAGUCAAGUGGAUGCUCCAGUUGCCA